CUUAAUACUAAUGUAAAUAAUUUUGAAGCAGAAAGUUCUGAUGAUAUUGACAGUCUUUCUGCUUGUAAUGAGGUAGUUGAUAAUAAUGAUGCUGCAAAUAUCAUGAAGAGGCUUCAACUAAUUGAGAAUGAUGAUGCCAAAAACAUUGUAAAAAAACUUCAAGAUGCUGCAAAUAAAUAUUACCGGGAAUGUGAUUCUAACCAAACCCGUAGACUAUGUUAUUUAGGAAACUCAGUUCACACUAAAAGAAGAAAAAAACAGCAACAACGUGAGGCAGCGAAAGGAACCCCUACAUUACAUACUUUCUGGGCCCAAAAAAAAUCUUCUGAAGAAACUAGUGAAGCAGAAUUGUAUGAUGAUGUUGAUGAACGGUUAGAGAAUGAAAGACAGUUAGAAGAAUUUGAUGAUGAACAGUUGGCGAAUGAAGGAUGGUUAGAAGAAGUUGAUGAAAAUGAUAUUGGAGGAAUGUCGGAGGAUGAGAUUAAACCCCAUAAUUGGAAUAAAAAAAUCUCAACUGCUCUUGAAAACUUAACAUUAGAUAUCAAAAAAGAAAAUGUAAAAAGUGAAGUUUGGGUGCAUCUUAAUAGCAUCUGUUUUUAUCUCCAGCUUGUAAAAAGCAACUACCAAAAAAUAAAAGCAAGUAAAAUAAUUGCUGAUGCUGCAGAAAAAGGGGUAUACCAUGCUAAAUGCAUUCACAAAGAUAUUCUUCUUCAAAUAAAAUCGUAUGUUCGAGAAAAUAAGUGGAAUAUUACACCACACAUGAUCAUGUUACAAAUGAAUGAGAUCAUUUUACCAGGGCUAGAAUUUGCUCCUCCUCCAACCAUCUCUCUUAGUACCGCAAAAAAUUAUUUAAAAAAGCUUGGAUACACAUAUGAAAGGGUGAAAAAAGGUGCUUAUGUAGACGGACACGAGAGAGAAGAUGUGAUAGCCUAUCGGAGUAUAUUUUUGAAACGAAUGAGUGAAUUUGAGCAUAGAAUGCUUAUAUUUUCAGGUGAUAAUAUGGAAGUAGAGACUUGGCCAGACAGCAAUAUAAAACUACUUAUUCUUGUUACACAUGAUGAAUGCAUUUUUUCGGCUUAUGAUGGAAGUCAGAGUCUUUGGAUUCCUUAUGGUGAACAACCUUUACGAAAAAAGGGGGAGGGUCAUUCAAUUCAUGUUAGCGAGUUUUUAACUGAUAUUUGUGGUCGACUUGUGCUUCCUGAUGAAAUGCAACCAUCAGAUAAGUUUCCUAGAGAAGCUUGU